CAGCAAAAUAUACUGUUAUGGUUAACGUGACAGAUGACAUUUCAGUGUACACAAAUAAUGAAUUUAUGCAAAUAUUAGAAACUAGAAACUGGGUGAUCAUAUAAAUUAAUUACAAAGACAUAAAUAAUACAUCAAAUUACAAAAUCGUAUUAUGGAAACAAUUAUGUCAGAGCAACUUAAAAAUCCCAAUUGUACUUUUCAUUUUGGAUCGAGUGUUUGGAGUUUUCGGCAAUCUAUCUGUAUCAAUGGGCAGCAAUAGAUAUGAAUUGAUUGGAAAUAUUUUGCGCUUCCCAAAGCUAAGCCAGGGAAUAACUUGAUGUAAAUUAAAGUCAAUUAUGGAUCCAAAUGAAGAACGGGUAUUAUUAAAUCAUAGAGGCAGUGUGCAAGAUCUAAAUUUUCCAAUUCAAGAUUCCAAUGAAUCACAUAGUUCUAAUGAAGAUUGGUCUGAUGGCUCAUCAAGUCCAAGUACUUAUUGCUAUGAUAAUUCACCAGAAGAAUGGGAAUCCAUGGUUGGUCCAAGAGGGGAUUUACUUUAUUUUAAGUGUAACUCAUCAGCACCUUCUAAAAUUGUUACAAAUGAUUUUAUUACCGAAGCGAAGAAUAGUUUUCAAAGAACAUCAACUCGUAGAAGUUCCAGAGCACAAUUGUCAAAGCUAAUGAAUAAAAAAUGUAACAAGAAAAUUCUUUCAAGGAAAAGUUCACGUGAAUCCGUUUUUAGUCUAUUUAGUGAAGAAAAUCAAGUAAAAGAUUCUGUGCAAACAAUUACAUUAAAUUUAGAUAUUAAAAAUCGCCACGGCUUAGGUCGUCAGGCUAGCAUCAGUGAAGCCCUGUUAGGCAUCAGUACAACUACGGAUCCUGAGGGAUCCAGAGUUAUAGUUUCUGGAUUUGUACAAAAUUGUGAAGCUUUAUCACAAAAUAAAUUGAAAAUUGGCGAUUGGAUUCAAAUGAUAAACAAUUCUGAAGUAGAUCAAAAGAACUUUGGAGUUUUAUUGAAUUCUUGCUCAGAUAAAGUAUCAAUAACUUUCCAGCACUACGACACUGGAGAUGAUGGAACAAGUGCGUCUUCUAAACUAUUUUCACAACUGCUGGGUAUAUCCCAAUUUGAUAUGGAAGCGAUAUCAUUAGCCUUAGAAAAACAACAUAUGUGUGCUAUAUACUUAAAUACAAGUUCCAAUUCAGAUGAUGCAGAUGAUCACAAUGUUAUAUACAGUUUUCCUCAAAUAUCUACAAAUAACUAUAAUUCCCUUUUAAACAUCAAUGGGGCAUUCAUCACAAUUGAUCACAUGUUAAAAAAUUCUUUAAAAACUGAACCUAUAAGUACAACCAUCACAUAUUUUAAUGACAAACUGCAUAUUAUGUAUAAUUCACAUGGGGAAGAACUAUUUUUGCUUGUCUUACCUGAUACUUAUUUUAACAUAUCAGAAUCAAACAUGUUUAAUGAGUGUCUAAUUAGAACUUUAAAUUUCAUGUAUCAAAACUUGCAUAACACUUUUUGUAAUGAAGAACAUAGAGAUAAUCUCAAUCAAUUUUUCGCAGUGCUUUUUUCAAGGGCUAUUGCUAACAAACAGAAACAUGCAAUUUUCGAAAAAGGUUUGGCUGCAGCUAUAUUUGUUCCUUUACCAAAAGAAGCUCAAAUUCGAAUUGAUGAUGCCUUAAGUGAAUUGGCAUCUGGGGAUUAUAGGUAUUGGAACAGAAAUCCAUUAAGUACUCGCAGAAAGUUUAUUAUAAUUGGAACUGCUUUAUAUCAUGGAGCAGCACUUUUAGGAAAACAAAUAAUGAGCACUGAUUUAAUAGAUAUUCAAGGAUAUUUAAGCACCACAGGUAUAUCAGAACUAAUGACAGUUGAAACUUUAUCAGACAUGGUCUCAUGGAGAGAAGUUUACCCUCAAAGCUGCAAACAUAUUGCAAAAAAAUCAAAUGCAUAUAAGAAACCUUUAUGUCGUUGGUUCUUGCUUAUUGUUGGUAAAGGUAAAGAUAUGUUAUGUACGAUUUUGGAAGCAAACUGCAAUAUGGAAGGCAUGAAAGGUGUUGUUGGUCCUGAUCCAUUUUAUGUAGAAGAAGCACAAGCAACUUUAGAACAUUUAAUAUCUCGUGGAAUUUGUAGAUUAGCUGCGCAGUGGAUUGAUAACUGGCGUAGACCACAAAUUGUAUUCAAUAAACCAGAAGCAACAAGUACAUUGAGAAGGCCUUUAGAAUCUACUGAAUCAUUCAGAACAUUAAAUUUAUCAAUGGCAUCAACGCAUAACACAAGUUCACCAGGAUAUUCGAAUGCUUUUUCUAGUACUAGUAUACCCAGAGAUAUCGACAGUUCUGAAGACUCUGCAAGUUUAAAUAGUCCACAAGCUCAUGGUAGACAGCUUAGUGAUUCGGAUACAGAAUUUGAUGGAUAUCAUGGCAGUAACCAUGCUGAUAGUUCUAGUGAAGGAUAUUUAGUUAAACCGAGCAUGCUCCAAGAUAUUCGUGGUGUUAUUCCAUCAAAAAUUACCGCUGGACCUUCAAAUAAUCUAGUUCAUUUUGUACAUUUUGAUACUGGAAGUGGGGUUUUAAUAGCACCAAUUCUUGAUAGCAAUGAUAAAAUACUUGACUUAUUCAGAAGCGCAUGCCAAGAGAUUCAUUUGGUUUUACAAAAUACUUUAUUAUUAAAGAAAAUAUUAUCACAAGAAUCUACAUAUUCAGAUUCUCAUAGGUCAUUAAUUGCAGUUAGAGAACAUGGAAUUAUUAUAAGAAUAAAAAAUGAAGCAAGUAAUACUUUUACAAAAUAUUGGGUAGUUGGUAGAUUAUUAUUGUCACCAAUAAGAGAAGUAUAUGUUGUAUAUCAAGAUGAUGCACAGCAGAAUAUGGUAGAGUUAGCAUUUAGAAUGGCUCUUAAUGCUAUUGGAUGA